AUGGUGCCUUCCGUUGUGGGUUCGAUCACUGCUGCCGCCAGAAUGUUGAUUGAAGAAGGUGCCAAGGAGUUGGUGGUGCCAGGGAAUUUUCCUAUUGGUUGCUUGGGGGCUUACCUAACGUUGUUUGAAACUAAAGACAAAACAGCUUAUGAUAAAAACGGUUGUUUGAAAGCACACAAUGCUUUCUCAAAGUAUCACAAUGCUCAACUCAAGCUAUCCUUGGAGAAAUCAAGACAUGAGUACCCUCAAGCUCGGAUCAUCUAUGCUGACUACUAUGGUGCUGCGAAGGCCUUAUUCCACAUACCACACCAUCUUGGACUUGAGAAUGGAGCGUUGAGUGCUUGUUGUAGAGGGGGUGGACCAUACAACUUCAAUUACAAAGCAAGGUGUGGUCACAUUGGUUCAAAAGCGUGCAAGGAUCCAUCUACUUAUGCAAAUUGGGAUGGGGUGCACCUGACUGAGACAGCUUAUAGGCAUGUAGCUACCGGAUUGCUCAAUGGAAAUUUCACUUCUCCACCUAUCUAG